AUGUACAGCACCCUAUCAACUGCAAGCCAAGCCGACCCAACCCUGGGCUCCACCCUGAACGUAACCGUCAUCGGCGCGCGCCACAACCGCUCCACGCUAGAAUGCUGGGCUCUGCAGCCUGGGUUUGAGACCUCGGCCCAGGCGGGCACGACGGGCUCGUCCGUUCUGGAUAUGGGUGUUGCGAACGGUAAUGCUUCUUUUACCGCCAUUCCGGCGGAGUUUGAUGGUGGCAGACAUAAUGCGCCUGCUUUGCAGUGGGUUGUUUUCCUGUCGGGCUUGGCCCAUAUCACUCUGCCCAACUCGACUGCGGAGGCUUGGAUUGAGGGCGGCAAGAAUGGUGCUAUUCUCGCGCUUGAUACGGCUGAUGUCAGUGCCUUGGGUCACUAUACAAAGUAUCCAUCCAAGGAGCGGACGGUUGCGGUACAGGUUCCUCUUGCGGAGGAUGGAGUUCCUAGUCAUCGAGUGUUGCAUGGAGGAGCUUGUCAGGGAGAUGAGUUACUGGACUAA